CUUUAGAUUUUUAAAAUCUAGAUCUAGCUUUUAGUAAGUUUUUAAAAUAAUUUUGUUGUAUUUUAAGAUAUUUUAUAAAGAUUUCUCCCUUGAAUGGCGGCGUUUCCGGCUAUGUUUCGAAUUGUAGACGACCAAUGUAAAUAAAGUAGAUCUGAUCUAAUCUACUCACCACAGUCAGUCUCUUAUCUUGAAGACUCUUUAAUGUACAAAUAAUCUUUUAGAUUUUUUUUUUAGCAACAAGAGAAUAAAAAAAGUCGCACAUCUAGAUGGCUUCCGCUUUAGAAAAUUAUGUAAAUAAAAUGGUGGAAAUAGUAACUGCUGAUGGACGAGUGAUUGUGGGGCUGUUAAAAGGUUUUGACCAGACCAUCAAUCUUAUAUUGGAUGAAAGUCAUGAACGAGUCUACAGCACUGGUCAAGGUGUAGAGCAAGUCAUUCUGGGAUUGUACAUUGUUAGGGGAGAUAAUGUGGCAGUAAUUGGGGAAGUUGAUGAUGAUACAGAUAAUGGACUUGACUUUGAAAGUAUCAGGGCUGAACCAUUGAAUGCUAUUACUCAUUAAAACAAGCUGUUUAGUUUUUAGAAAGAUACUGCAGAAUUUAUGCCUUUAAUAUUGUUAAACAUUUAACCAAUUUUCUUCGGAUGAAUUUUUAUUCUAAUUUUAAGUGGUGGUAUGUUUUCUUAUUUACUUUGAAUUUGAAAAAAAAUUGUAUACUCACUGGUAAAACUGUUAGCUUUACUCUUUUAAAAUAAGUAACUAUGAUACAUAAAAAAAAAUGUGAUCACUAUCAUUUUCAUUAUAUCAAGGACUUACAAGUAGGAAAUUAUUGUAGUGGGAAUAGCAUUCAGACAAGUUUUUCAGUAUUGGAUUCAACAGCCAAUGAUGUUUAAGAAAAUUUCGACAGCAAGUUUUGAAAAGUUGAAUGUCUCAUAGAGUUAGAUAGUAUGUGUGCAAAUGUAUGUUUGUGUAUAUAGCUGAUUGAUGAUGUUGCAUAAGUGUAUCAAUAUUUACCAUACUUUUAAAUGCCAUUACAAUUUUUUAGUAUAAAACAUGUUGAUUUGUAUCCAUUGGAAUGUGUUUGUUUGUUUUUAAAUUGUAUAACUAUUUUCUUGUUACCAUUUAUUUUUAUUGAAUAACAAAACAAAAACCUGUUGGCCUGGUAUUGUCGUGUUUCAAUAUUUUGAAAAUAAAUGGACUCAUAAUU